AUGGCCAAGCACACCAACAAGAGCACGAUGCCAAAAGAGCAUGCCAUUCGGCCUCAAUUGACAUCAUCAGCAGAUCUUGGAGGCCAAGUUGCACCAGCAGUAGAAGAUAACACCUUUGGUAACGAGGAAAGCGCUGAGAUACAGUAUAAGACUUGUAAAUGGUGGGAUAUUGGUGCUCUGAUGCUUGCAGAGAACGUUUCCUUAGGCGUCCUUGCCCUUCCACAAGCUCUCGCAAUCCUCGGUCUCGUCCCUGGCCUCCUUUGCAUAUGCUUCCUGGGCAUCAUUGCUACAUACACAGGCUAUUUGAUUGGUGAAUUCAAGCUGGCUCAUCCAUCCGUAACCUGUUACGCUGACUGCGGUAUGUUGAUUGGAGGCCCCAUAGGUCGCGAGGUGCUUGCCAUUGGGCAGGAACUAGUCUUGAUCUUUAUCAUGGGCGCGCAUAUCUUGACAUUCGGCGUCGCGUUGAACGCAAUGACAGACCAUGGCGCUUGCACGAUCAUCUUCAAUGUUAUCGGCUUGAUCAUCUCUUUUCUAUUUGGAUUACCAAGAACAUUCAAGAACAUUAGUUACUUUAGCUACUUCUUUACGACAACUAUGAUCGCCAUCAGUAUCCAGAAACCGGACACGGGCAACAUCGUCGCCGUACGACCCGACGUAACAUUGGUGAAGGGUCUAGCGCCGGUCAUGAACAUCGUCUUGGCCUUCACCGGCCACGUCGCUUUCUUUUCGUUCCAGUCUGAACUCGAGGAUCCUCGCGACUUCCGCAAAGCCCUCAUUCUUGAACAAGAUAUCGCAGUUACCUUCUACAUGCUCAUUUCCGUCAUUAUAUACUAUCACGCUGGACCUUCGGUUGCCUCACCCGCCCUUGGUUCCGCAUCCCCACUGGUCAGUAAGGUAUGCUUCGGUAUUGCGCUACCUACAAUCAUCGUCGCAGGCGUUGUGAAUGGGUCUGUGGCAACCAAGUAUAUCUACUUUCGUGUAUGGAAGGGCACGAGUGUAGCUCACGCCAACAGUUGGCUCAGUUUGGGAAGCUGGGGUGCUAUUUGCACAGGCGCGUGGCUGAUAAGUUGGAUCUUGGCAGAAGCAGUGCCAAACUUCACCCUUCUUCUGGGCCUGAUGGGCGCGUUGUUUGGAAGCUGGUUUAGCUAUGCACUUCCUCCGGUGAUGUGGCUGUGGCACAACAGGAAGAACCGUAAGCUGUUUUCUUCCAAGUCGCAAACGGCUUUUACAAUGCUGAACCUUUUUAUCGUGAUUCUAGGCGUACUUAUUUUUGGGCUUGGUAUGUGGUCUUCUGGAUGGGCGUUGAACUACGGAUCGGGCAGCAAGGUAUUCUCUUGUGAGAAUAACUGGCAUCCUGUUAGUUGGGUAGUAGGAGGUACAGAAGACGCAUAG